UCUCCGAGGAAGUGCUACACGAAGAGAAACUUUCAAAAAGAAUUAAAAAUUAAAAGUGAAAAUAGGAUUCGGUAAAAAUGACGGAACAGUUACAAAUUGUUUCACUGCACAUUCUAUACUUUUUCUUGAAGGUUCCGGACUUUUUCCUUAAAGUUCACUGAAAAAGGCAGAACUGUUCCGUCAUUUUUGCCGAAUAUUGUUUUGACUGGCAGAUUACCGAACAGACACGUAAUUUUUAAAGAGUUUUCCUUUCCGUGAAUUAAAUAAAUUCCACGCAGUCGGAAAUAUUUUCAUCUCGAUCCAGGAAAUAACUACAUUUGAGGUCUCAGUUUUUUUUAUUUUAUAGCAUCAGAUUGAACGGAAAAAGUGACAAAGUGUUUUACGAAUCUUGGAUGACAUGCGAUUAUUAAUUUUUCUAUUCGCUCUUUGCCCCUUCGCAUGGGCUGCGAACACGACGUCCGGGGGGAAAAUUGUCUGCUACUUCGCCAGUUGGUCCCACAAGCGAAAGGGGAAUGGCAGCUUCACCGUUAGUGACAUUGAUGCCUCCAUUUGCAGCCACUUCAUCUGGAGUUUCGCUACGAUCCAGGAAAAUGAAAUCGCAGUUCCCAACAGGAACGGCAGCAAUGGAAUUCGCGAAUUCGUAGCUCUGCGAUCACGGAAUCCUCGCGCGAAGUUCCUGGUCGCGGUUGGCGGAGCGAAGAACAGCAAAGGUCCCAAAUAUUCCAACAUGGUGUCCUCUCCACGAUCACGGGGUGAGUUCAUCAACAGUAGUGUGGAUUUCCUGAAGCAGUACAACCUCGACGGUCUCGAUAUGGACUGGGAAUAUCCCACAUUUCAUGGUGGCGUUCCGUCCGACCGUGAAAAUUUUGUUCUACUUCUGAAGGAGUUGAAGGAACGGUUUAAUCAGGAAGGCGGCUAUCUACUUACUGCCGCCCUUGCGCCGAACCAGCGAGUGGCAGCAAAAGCUUACGACAUUCCUGGAAUCAGUCAACAUGUUGACUUCAUCAACCUCAUGACAUAUAAUUUCUAUGGGGCUUGGAAAACGCACACCGGACAUCCUGCGAGACUCCAGGGCAGCGGAGAGAUCUCAGUCGAUUCGUCUGUAAAGUACUGGUUAGAUGGGGGCACCCCAAAGGAAAAAUUGGUAAUUGGUGUACCAACAUAUGGGAAAUCAUGGACCCUCUCGGAUCCAAAUAAUCACGAUGUUGGUGCACCCACGUCUGGUGUCGGCCAACCGGGUCCAUACACCCAAACACCAGGUACUCUUGCCUACAACGAAUUCUGUGAACAGAUAAAUGCAGGUCAAUGGACUGUCGAAUUCGACCAACAAGCAAAGGCCCCGUAUGCAUACAAAGGGGAUCAAUGGAUUGGCUACGAGAAUAUUCAAUCAGCGAAAGACAAAGCUAAUUUCAUCCGGAAUUCGGAACUCGGCGGCGCUAUGAUCUGGACUAUCGACUUCGAUGAUUUUCGAGGCAGAUGCGGAGAAAAAUACGGCAUUUUGAGAGGUCUUAAUGACGUCCUUCGGAAUUAACUGAUGAAUGAGGAAAAUGUAAACAAAGUAGAGGAAAAAUAGGGAGUUAAGAAAAUAGAGCGCGUGAAGACUCGCACGGUUAUGAUUACGAAUUGCAGGUAUUGCCGAGACGGUUUAUUUUCCGUGUUGGCCUUUCCGCUUAGUCAUAGUGAUUGUAUAUCAUCGCUGAAGAGUUUAAAUGCCCUAAGUGAUGUAGAUAGCUUUCCAUCUAGAGCAUUUUGUAUAAUACCCGGAAAACUCCGCAAUGGUCACUGGGAAAGAAUAACUGAAUGGACAAACUGUACUUAUAACUGCGUUGAAUGGAGACGAUUUUUCCUUCGAUUCCACAAUCUUAUCGAUUGCGGUUACGUGUGACGUGUGUGUAGGAGGUGCACUCCUGGUGAAUAUAAUCACCGGUUCUCUAGGUGACGCUGACAUUUUCCGUGGGCUGUGUGAAAGUGUAAGCGGUCCAAGUGCCUGAAGUUUUGAUAUUUUACCGUACGACAGUUACUAUCAUUUCUUGGUUGAAAGAGUUUGAUUACUUUAAGCUGAAAUAAACGAAUUUUAACACAUCAGAAUAUGGUGAGUCUCCAUGAGUGAUUUGUAAUAUCCAACAGAUAUUCUGAAUUAUAGGGAGUAAUCAAUAUAAAAUAAGUCGAUCAGUUGUUCCAGAUUUGUUCAACAACCGAUUCGGGAAAUGCGAUUUAUUUUCAUCUGUUUUUUGCUCUUUUUGUGUUAUAUCGACUCAAUAUGAUCCUAGAAGUGCGAAAAUGAAAUGGUUUCACGCGCGAUAGGCAUUCGCUUCGUGUUUUACUUAUGAAACGGACUUCAUAAAGCUCGCGAACGUGUCCCCCAACCGUCGAAUCAAUUUACAUGACACCCCUCAUAAUAUCAUUAUGAUAUAUGUAAACUAUUGGAUUGUAGACAGGGAUGUGCUAAAUAAUAUGAAACGAUUUGGCUAUAAAUUUUAAUUCUUUAUUAUCGCACGCAGAAGGUAUAUCUUUCGCCUGUGAUGUCUCCAGAGCAACUCAUCCUUAGUGACCAAAGUAUUCACGCAUUGGACCCAUUUCAUAAAAGGCCCUUGUUCACUCAUUUCUUUCUUUUCCGGCUCUAGUUCUGUUUAUUAAAACUAUGGGCUAAAUCCAGCUAUGGGCAGACGGUUAAUUUUAGUUCACACAUACCAAGCACUUUCGAUAUAAAAAAAAUGGUGAAUAUUCUCUGAUCAUGAAUGUCAAUUCCAGAUGCGACCGCCAUUUUUUCUAUUGUCCCUUGGUCUCUUAGCCUUGACUUCAAUGGCUGCAUCCGACA